AUGGCCGCCUUUGUGCAGUCCGGCCAGCGCAUCCCCCGCCGUGGCGAGGUUGGCCUGACCAGCAGCGAGAUCGACAACUUCGAGAGCGCGGGGUACGUAAUGUCCGGGAACAGGCAUGCGCGCAUGAACGCGGUGCGCAUCCGCAAGGAGAACCAGGUGUACACGGCGGAGGAGAAGGCGGCGCUGGCCAUGUUCAACUACGAGGAGAACAAGCGCAAGGAGGCCAAGAUCCUGGACGACAUGAAGCGCCUGGUGCACAAGACGCUUGGGCCCGACGCCGGGCUGGACCCGGUGGAGGAGGAGGGCUGA